AUGGCUAUGAAAGGUAUCGCGGUUGGCCUGCGGCUGUGGGAGUUCCUCUGGACUCUCCUCGUCAUGGCCCUGAUCGGUAACAUGAUCAACGAAUCCUUCGCCGGAAACCCUGCCACGGUCAACUACACCAUGUUCGUGUCGGCUUUCUCCAUGUUCACCCUGCUCUACUUGACCCCGGCCACGUUCAACCCCGACUGGGCCAUCCACCCCAUCCUCAUGAUCGUCCUGGAUACCCUGAACGCCAUCUUCUUCCUCACAGCGGGUAUCGCGCUGGCGGCGAAGCUUGAAUCUCACAGCUGCAGCAACAAUUCCUACACCCUCAGCAACGAGAUCACCAACGGCUCGGUCCACCGCGAGAAGCGCUGCCGCGAGGCCCAGGCCUCGACUGCUUUCCUGUGGUUUGCGUGGGCCGGGUACACAGUCUCGAUGAUCAUGUCGUUCAUGGCCUCCCGUCGAACUGGCGUCAACCUGCGUGGACGUACUGGCCCUGCCCGCGGCACUCGUCCUAGUAUGGCCCAGGUUUAA